AUGGCAGAUUUCAGAGCUAAACUUGUUUUGGCCCCCAUGGUCAGAAUAGGCGAACUCCCUACAAGACUUUUAGCCAUCAAGUAUGGAGCCGAUCUAGUUUGGGGCCCGGAGAUAGUUGAUCGCAAGAUCUUGACCUGUCAACGGGUCUACAACAAAGACUUGGAUACUAUUGAUUUUCUUAGUACAAAAGGAAGCACCAAGAUUCCCGGUAUUACCAAUCUUGUGUUUCGGACGUAUAGAAAAGUUGAAAAAGAUCGAUUAAUAUUCCAGAUGGGUACAUCCAAUGCGGAGUUGGCUGUCAAAGCUGCUAAGAUCAUCGCAGAAGAUGUCGAUGGCAUUGACAUUAAUGCUGGCUGCCCUAAACACUUUUCUAUUCAUUCUGGAAUGGGAGCUGCAUUAUUGAAGACUCCCGAUUUACUAUGUGAAAUCCUUACAUCACUAGUGGAACAGGUAGGUCGACCGUACGGUAAGCCAAUCAGUGUCAAGAUCAGAUUGCUGGACGAGAAAAAAGACACUCUGGAUUUAAUCUCCCGUUUGGUUAAGACCGGAAUUUCGAAUUUGACCCUUCAUUGUCGUACUAGAGAGAUGCGUAACCGUGAACCUCCCAUUAGAGAUUAUUUGGACGAGAUCCAUCGCAUCUGCCUUGACAAUAAUGUCAGUCUCAUUAUUAACGGUGGCAUUAAAAGUUAUCAGGACUUUAGGGAGAUUCAGGCCAAGCUCGGUGAUGAUGUUGGAUGCAUGAUAGCCUCUGCUGCUGAGAGGAACGUGUCUUGCUUCAAUACUAAUGGUCCUUUAAACUGGACUCAGGUUGCUAGAGAUUACAUUGCUACGGCCAUCAAAUUCAAAAAUCAUCCAUCCAAUACGAAGUAUUGUUUGCUAAGAAUGGUACCUGGAACCGCUACCAUUCAUCCUGUUUUGAAUGUAAUGAGAGAACUGGAAGAGUUCCAGGAUGCGUUAACAAACACGAUGGACGAUGAUGGAAAAUUUAUAGAGCGUAAAGAAGCUCUAGCAGGGGAACUUCGCAAAAGAAGAGCCAGUAUGGCUACAACCCUGGAAGCUGAUUUCGAGAAGAAGAUUAAGGCAUAG